CACCCACGGAGCUCCCCCAUUGCCGGGUCGCUGCAUCUUGAGGCUCAACCCGCCAGAAAUCACCUCACCGAGACCUUUAGAAAUUCAAUCCCACUCGGCCGUUUAACUUUCGGGUAUAGGAACUGGCCCCACAGUAUCAGAUCAUUUGUUAUCAGGUGUCAACUAUAUAGCCAAGUUCCGUCGCACAACCAGUCCAUGUUAUCGGCAACUAAAAGAGUCCUAUUGAGAUUUAAAAACAACAAACAUGCCGUAUAUUAAGCAGAUCGUAGCGGUUAGGAGAAAGCCCGGUCUCACCAGACAGGAGUUCUUCGACUAUCACUUCCAAGUUCAUGGCAAACUCAGCCAAGCCCCCUCUCCAGACGUCACUCCAUCAAAGUACUUCCAGACCCAUAUUCAAGAUGCAGCAUACAACCAUCAAGAAGGUCAAGGCAUUAACGCCAAUCCUUGGUGGGCUUUUUCUGAUGAUGUCGUCGAGCUUUAUUUCCGGUCCGAGGAUCAUCUAAAGACUAGUUACGACUCGAAAUACGUCAGGGAACACGUUGGCCCGGAUGGUAUCAACUUCUCUGACUUUGCGUCGACAUUACCUGUAACUGUUCAGGAAAGAGUUAUUCCACUGAACGAGUCUGAGAAAGCGUCACCUGAAGAGGUUGAUUCCCUCUCGGUUUCACCUGUCGCGAUGUACUACAUAAGUGUAACCAGCGGCGACACUGAACAUAUCAUCACGGGAUUCGUCAACAGUUUGCAGAAGUUCGCAGGGAGCCAGGUCCGCACUCUCAUUGCGAAUACCCCAGUACAGCUGAGCCUUAAUCCAGAUGCAUAUUUCGGAAGCAACCCCAACCGUCCAAAAUUCAAUUUAAUUUUCUCAAUUCAUCUACGGGGUAAAGAAGGUGUCGCGAACGUGAGGAAAGCCCAGAAAGAUUUUGAGGCAGGGUAUAGAGCCAAGAUCAAUCUUGAAAAUUCAUGGAUCGCCUUUGGUCAACGCGGCCUAGUCCUCAAUCAGGAUAAGAACAUCCAGGCAGGUUUUCCUUCCUUCCAUAAAACACCACUACAAGCUAUGACAACUUCAGCUCAACCUCACGUCAUUGUCGUUGGCGGCGGUAUAAUUGGUGCCGCAAUCGCCUGGCACCUGGCUCAUCACACUAGCGUAACCAUUGUCGCAGAGGACAUUGGUGGGCCCGCCUCCAAAGCCUCUUUCGCUUGGCUCAAUGCGAGCUCUGUCAGCCAAAAGUUCUACUAUAAUUUUCGUCGUCGAUCCCUAAACAGAUGGAAACAGAUCCACACAGAACUUCCACACCUUCCUAUUUCCUGGAGUGGCUCCAUCAACUGGCACAAGCCCACUGAGGUCAUGGUCAAGAACCAGAGUAAUCUCACUACAUGGGGUUACGAAAUUGCCAACAUGAAGAAAUCCCAAGUAUCAGAACAAGAGCCAUUCUUUGAUCAGUCUACUUUGCCAGAAUGGGCUCUCUGCUACCCCGAAGAGGGUGCUAUGGAAGCCCAUAUUGUCGCCCAGAUGCUCGUGGCGAAUGCAGAAGCCAAAGGCAAUGUGAAGGUAAUCAGAGCGACAGCAAGAGGGCUUCUCCAGAAAAGUGGCGGCGUCACGGGAGUCAAGCUAGCCUCUGGCGAGGAGAUCCCUGGCGAUCAUGUUGUCGUGGCUGCUGGCUUGGGCACUGUACCCCUUCUGGCAACUGAAGGAAUCACAGUGCCUAUCACUUCGGUACCAGCGCUGAUUGUGAACACGGAACCGACUAAAGAACGCUUGGUCAAGCAUGUAGUCAACUCGAAAUAUCUGUACAUUAGACAGACACCAGAUGGAAUCGUCAAGGCGGGCUGCGAGAAUCCUGGCGAUGACCCUGGUGACUAUCCGGAAGAGAUGGCAUAUGAUGUCUUUUCCAAGGUCCAAGAAACGCUGGUUAGGGGAAAGGAAAUUGAGUUUGGCUGUUUCACAGUCGGUUAUAAACCGACUCCUAAAGACGGUCUGCCAAUUAUUGGACCAACUGGCCUCGAAGGCGUCAGUGUCGCGGUCAUGCACUCUGGUGUCACAAAUGCUGCUAUCGUCGGAGAACUGCUCAGCAAACAGAUCAUCAGGGGCGAGACGGAUCCAGAGCUUGAGCAUUUUCGUCUCGAUAGAUUCAGCGACUAA